CUCCAGCGCACACCACAGCACGUGUACUUCUGCGGGCCACUAUGAACGCAACGUCGCCGCACAAUUCCGCUACUGGCACAAGCACGACAGAAGAAAAACAACCCGCGGGUGCUAUAAACAAGACUCUCGCCGGAACUAUUUCACAAACUUCAUGCUCGAACGCGAACAUGGGAUCAGCGUCGGCAGUAAGCCCAGGCGCUGUGAGUAAAGCAAUUUCCAAACGGACGCCGAAGGUGGAUGAUUUAUUCACAGUAUCGGGACACCUGUUGAAAGCAUUUCCUGAUGAUGAUCUUAAUGAGAAAGUGGCCGAGGUUCAAGGCAGGAGGGGUGUUAAUCACAAUGACAACGCUAGUACACGCAGCAUUAGUAGUCGGGCCAGCAAAGUUAGUUCCACAUUGGAUGCUAUACGAGCUGUACCUACGAGCACAAGCCUUGGUGAUAAAGAAGCUUCACGCUCAUACACAGACGACUCGGGUGGAGAUGUCAUAGGCAUACUUGCCGUACAAACCAAUUUCGAGGCUGAAUGCGAGAAGAAUAGCUUGACAGGCAAAAGUCUGGCUGUGGGGAGUGUGCUCAGCCGGAUAUCAGGCCGGGCCAGAGAUGGGAAGAUGGCUAUGAAUGGUACUCGACUGCACCCCCACCCCGCGGUUUGGGGUCCCAUCAAUGUCAAGAACCUAAAGCCUGGUAGUGAGGUGUUGUACUGUACGUGUGGUCUAUCACGGAGCCAGCCGUUCUGUGAUUGGAGUCAUGUAGGUACGGGUUUCAAACCGUUGGAGUGGACUGUGCCGGGUAGGAAAGACAGCAGCGUGGGCUGCAAGGCUCUGAAGUUGUGCGGCGCUCAGAGGAGUCAGGCCAUGUUUAGCUUGUGUGGCUGCAAACAAACAAGGACGCCGCCCUUCUGCGACGCCAGUCACACAUCGGUAGCACACGAGGUCAAUGUGAGGCAAAAACAAUGCCCCAACAACCAUGAAGAGAUCAAAAAGCUCUGCACCGACUGUGGGUCCGACUGUCGAGACCCGGGCCUGGUAUGGUAGUAGGUAUGGUAGUACAGUAUUCAUAUUAGCCACGUGAGUUUGUAAGUAGUAGGUAGGAUAGGGGAUAAGCGGGUGUGCCAAAGUACGGCUCCUCGGUGUGUUGAGACCGCAGUUGGCAUGGAGAUGCGGGGGUAUAUAUAUAUAUAUAGAACCACGGGACGUACCCGGCCCACCGUUGGAGUAUGGUACGCUUAACUUACGUUCACGCGUACAAGACGGUGUAACUGGCGACGAAGCACGGUGCGUGUGCUAGCUGUCAACGACCUCAAGCACAUACGCCCAAUGUCACCUCAUAGAUGCGUUAAACGUAUGUCGUUUGAGCGCAUGGCCCAUUGGUACAGUGGGGGUGGUGGUUGUAUGUACAGUACCCGAAUGAUAGGUAGCAGGUGUACAAGCAUAUACAGUUGACAGAUUAGCCUGUGGAUGAUAUCUGUAACCCACUGUAACCCACACAAGGAUACGAACACGCACGUUUGCUUCACCCCCAAGACAAUGCAUCUCAUAAGGGGAAUGAGCGUCACCGAUGUUGUAGAACGACUUAUAUCACCACAAGCCUCGUGGCUCGUGUACGAUGGUGCGAGAUGAGCUUGCUUCGCGCAAGACAAAGCAUCUCAUGAGGGGAAGGAGUGUCAUCGAUGUUGUAGGGUGACCUAUAUCACCACAAGUCUCGUUGCUGUUGUGUACGAUUGUGCGAGAUGAGCUUGCUUCACCCAAGAAAAAGCAUCUCACAAGAGGAAUGAGUGUCACCGAUGUUGUAGGGCGACCUAUAUCGCCACAAGUGUCGUGGCUAAGCCCCGGAAUCGAUCGUGCGUGAUUUCAUCAUCACCAGCGUGAGUCCGUUCCGUGAUCCCCCCACUCUUCACUCGUGUGUAGGAGUGUAGGUAGACAUCUAGAUCUAGAGAGGUAGGCCAAUAUAAGUAUGAGUCAUUCAUUUGUAGGAACACUCCGAAGUACACUGCAACAGGUUCCGAUGUAUCCCGGAAUUUAUAGCCUGGGUUCUGGCGCGUUAAGAUAGAUAUAUUAAAAUUAGAUACGUAUCAGCACACACGGGGCAUCCGUGGACAUGCAUAGCCUAGUCAGUCAAUACGUUCGCAUGUACUCCCCUGGUAUGUUUGCGUCCUUACAGCCUUACUAUCGUGUUGUGCAUAUAUUGCUGCGACUGUUCCACGUAUUUAGAUAGUUGUGUCUGGUACUGUUGUAGUCCAUUUUGCCCCAUACAACACAGCAGAAUACAAAAUACCACUACCAAAGUAAGUGCAGUUUGCGUACCUGGGCUACGCAACUAGCGGCCCUCGAGGAUGUAUAUAUAUAUAUAUUGUGCGAGGUAAAAUGGUUUCUUCACCAAUCAUGUGGUAGCGGGAGAUAUUUCUCCUUUUUCAGAUAGGCAGCAUUGACCAUUCCCAGCUCAUUAAAUAUAAAUAUAUUCACAAUAAAGCCGACGAU